AUGUCGCGGGUCAGACAGUUCAUUAUGGGAUCGGCGCUGUCCGGAAUCACGGGCGCCUUGAUGCUAAAGAUGCACGAAAUGUCGACCAACCAGAUUGCUUUCUAUUUGCGGGCCGUGUCAUCCGGAAGCCAAACUUUCGAGCAGUUCAGCCACCAGGGCUCGCUUCUUGCAGCUUUCGUGGAUGCGCGAGCAUGGAAUAGGUUGGUUUUGGAUGUGCAUGGCAAACUGUUGGA